AUGGCCAAGGAGGCAGCACCCCGGACCGGCCUGGCCGUCGGCAUCAACAAGGGUUUCAAAACCACCCCCCGCGUCAUCAAGCCGCGUGUGUCCCGCACCAAGGGCCACCUGAGCAAGCGCACCGCUUUCGUCCGUGACAUCGUCAAGGAGGUUGCCGGUCUGGCACCGUACGAGCGCCGCGUGAUUGAGCUGCUGCGGAACAGCAAGGACAAGCGGGCGCGCAAGCUGGCUAAGAAGCGGCUCGGCACAUUCGGCCGUGCCAAGGCCAAGGUCGACGAGCUUACCCGGGUGAUCGCCGAGUCGCGCAGACAUUAA